AUGUGGUGUGAAACAGAGAGCCCCGUGUGGGGCCUCACCGUACAUCCGAGGCGACCCGAUUACACGGCUGGUGGAUCAACGGGCGGAGAGGGAGCCAUGUUCUCGUUAGGGGGUACCCUAUGUGGUUGGGGCACCGACAUUGGAGGCAGCAUCCGCAUACCCUCACACGUGAACGGCGUGUAUGGUCUGAAACCAAGCAGCACACGACUCCCCUAUCAAGGCGUUUCUGUCUCGACCGACGGUCAAGAGCAUGUACCGUCGGUCAUCGGACCCAUGAGCCGAGAUAUCGACUCGCUCAUAGUAGUUACCAAGGCGGUACUUGACGUAGAGCAGUGGUCCUUGGACCCAAAGUGUUCGCCAAUACCAUGGAGGGCUGAGUCAUUUGAGGAUGUACAAUCACGGCCUCUGGUCAUUGCCGUUCUGAGAGAUGACGGCGUUGUCAGAGUCCAUCCUCCAAUCGAGCGAGUGUUAGAGGAGACACUGAUACGGCUGCGUGACGCAGGCCACGAGAUCAUCUCCUGCAGGCCUGCCGAUGGCUGGGAGGACAUUCGCAGGGACGUGGAAGCUGAGGGAGAACCCUACAUCCCACAUGUCGAAGCUCUCGUGAACAGAGGUAAAGCGAUUUCAGUCUACCAAUACUGGCAACUUAGCAAGCAAAAACUAGCGGCCCAGGAACGCUUCCUCAAUCUUUGGAACUCCACAAAAUCAAAUCGCACUGGGAAGCAAAUCGACAUUCUCCUCACACCUGUGAUGUCACAUACUGCGGUCUUCAACAUUGUGGACUACCCCGCCGUCGUUUUACCGGGGGGGCAUGUGUCGAAAGAACUUGAUAGCGAGGCUAUUGAAAAGAUGGGAGCGUACAAGCCGCGCAAUGCACUGGACAAGUGA